UUCGAGUUACGAAAGCUUUAAAUGAGUUGGCACACCUCAUAUGAUUCAUUGGCCAACAGAACAAGAGUUUCCAAUGAUAAAAGAAAAAUUUAAAGCUAUGGCUGGAAUUGAUGGUGUUAUAGGUGCUCUCGAUGGAACAUAUGUACCAAUUAAAGCACCAUCACAGGAUGCUGAAACAUACAGAAAUCGCAAAAUGCAACAUACCAUAACGCUACAGGCAAUAUGCGAUGCUAAUUUAAAAUUCAUAGAUUGUUUUGCAGGUUAUCCUAGUUCAGUACAUGAUGCUAGAAUUUUUAGAAAUUCUUAUAUUUAUCAUUCAAUACGUCAAAAUCCAGAAAAAUAUUUUCCACGUGGAGAAUUUAUUUUAGCUGAUAAGGCUUAUCCUACUUUCAAGUGGUGUAUUACUCCAUACAUGAAUCGAGGAAAUUUGACAAGACAGCAGGAGACUUUUAAUACACGCAUUUCGCAGACAAGACAAACAAUUGAAAGAACAUUUGCUCUUUUAUUUGGUCGAUUUAGGAGAUUAAAAUAUUUGGACAUGAACAGAAUCGAAUUAAUACCUACAACAAUACUUGCAUGUUGUGUUUUGCAUAACAUAUGCCUUGAUUUUGAUGAUGAUUUAAUACGCGAAUAUAUACAAGAAGGUAUGGAGGCAAUAAUACGUAAUGAACAGGAAGAUUUAUAAAUGAGGUAAAUGAAGAGGAAAAACGACUUGGAAAUGAGCGAUGAGAUGCACUGUGCAGAGAAUUAAAUUAUCACGGUGGUAACAACAUCUUGAAUCCAUACGGUUUCAACACAUCAAGAAUGUGAUCA